UCACUCCACCACUUGAAAUGUGUCCGACAAGCAACCGAUGGCCAAGUUUAUUAUAGGUGAAACACUAAAUAAGAACAACAUCACCCAAGGGGAUCGACCUGUUUAGAGUGUAGGGUAGAGCAUAGCUGCAGUGGAGAUUUUUGGUAGAACUUGAGUAUAUGCUUUCAACGUUGGCGAAAAGCAGUUGUAUUUUGAAGAGGACGCUGACGUCACCUUAGCAAUGGCGGAGGCGACUACAGUCUCCGCUGGGGUGGAUGUCAACAUCGCUGAGAAUCCGACACAACUCGCCAUGGUCUACUUUCAAGACGAGGUGACAUUUAUGAAUGAUGGGGAAAGUGCCCAGCUCAACCUGGGAGAGCUGGACCUGACCACUGAUGAGUUCAUCUUGGAUGAAGUGGACUUGCACAUCCAGGCCAAUCUGGAGGACGACCUCGUGAAGGAGGCCCUUAAAACGGGUGUGGACUUGCGUCAGUACUCCAAACAGGUGGAGGCGGAGCUUCAGAAGAUUGAGCAGGCCUCCAUCAAAGAUUACAUUAAGGAGAGUCAGAACAUCGCUCUGCUGCACCAGCAGAUCAGCGCUUGUGAUGCCAUACUUGAGAGGAUGGAGGAGAUGCUGAGUGGCUUCCAGAGCGACCUGUCGUCCAUCAGCAGCGAGAUUCACACGCUGCAGCAGCAGUCCCUCAGCAUGAACGUCCGUCUGAAGAACCGCCAGGCGGUCCGCAGCAACCUUAGCCAGUUGGUGGACGAGCUGCUUGUGCCCGGCGCCAUGAUCUCAACCAUCCUGGACAGUCCGGUGACGGAGCAGGACUUCUUGGAGCAGCUCCACGAGCUCAACAACAAGAUCAACUUGGCCAAGGAGCUCAGCUUCCGAGAGACAUUGGCCUGCUCCGACAUCCAGGACAUUGUGGACCGCCUCAAAGUCAAGGCAGUGUCAAAGAUCCGAGAGUUCAUUCUUCAGAAGAUCUACUCCUUCAGGAAGCCCAUGACCAACUACCAGAUUCCGCAGAAUACUCUGCUCAAGUACAGGUUCUUCUACCAGUUCCUGCUGGCCAAUGAGAGAACGGCAGCCAAAGAGGUGCGGGACGAGUACGUGGACACCAUGAGUAAGAUCUACUACAGUUACUUCAAGUCGUACAGCGGCCGGCUGCUCAAAGUGCAGUAUGAAGAAGUCGCAGACAAGGAUGACUUGAUGGGGGUGGAAGAUACCGCCAAGAAAGGUUUCUUCUCCAAACCGUCUCUGAAGAGCAGGAACACAAUCUUCACGCUCGGCCAGAGGGGGGCGAUACUAAGCCCCCCAGAACUGGAGGGCCCCAUUCUGGUUCCUCACACUGCACAGAGAGGAGACAGCAGGUACCCUUAUGAGACGUUGUUCCGCAGCCAACACUACGCCUUGCUGGACAACGGCUGCAGAGAGCACCUCUUCCUGUCCGACUUCUUCAUGGUGACCGGAAACUCCGCCCUCGACCUGUUCAACAGCAUCAUGGGGAAGACGCUCAGCAUGUUCCUGAGGAGCAUGUCCACGUACGUGUGCGACUGCUAUGAUAGCAUCGCCAUCUUCCUGUGCAUCCACGUCAUCCUCCGGUUCCGAGCUAUCACUGCCAAGAGGAACAUUCCCGCUCUUGACAAGUACUGGGAGGCCGUGCUGGAGCUGCUGUGGCCUCGCUUUGAGCUCAUCCUAGAAAUGAACAUCCACAGCAUCAGAAACACGGACCCUCAGAAACUGGGAGUGCUGGACACCAGACCACACUACAUCACACGUCGUUACGCUGAGUUCUCUUCGGCCAUCGUCAGCAUCAACCAGACGUUCCCCAGUGAGAGAACAAACACUCUACUGGCUCAACUGCAGGUGGAGGUGGAAAACUUCGUGCUGAAGAUGGCGGCAGAGUUUCCAUCCCGGAGAGACCAACUCAUCUUCCUCAUCAACAAUUACGACAUGAUGCUCAGCGUCCUCAUGGAGAGGGCAGCAGAUGACAGCAAAGAGGUGGAAGGUUUCCAGCAGCUGCUGCUGGCCAGGACGCAGGAGUUCAUUGAGGAGAUCUUGUCACCACCCUUCGGAGGGAUGAUCUCCUUUGUGAAGGAGGCCGAGGCGCUGGUGGAGAACGGGCAGCUGGAGCGACUGAAGAAUGAGGAAGCUCGCAUCUGUCAGCUGGUCCGAGGAUUCUCCAGCUCAUGGAAACAGUCAGUGGAGGCCAUGAGUCAGGACGUCAUGCGGUCCUUCACCAACUUCAAGAAUGGUACCAGCAUCAUCCAGGGCGCCCUCACCCAGCUCAUCCAGUACUACCACGGCUUCCAUAAGAUCCUCAACCAGCCCACGUUCCGGAGCCUGCCAGUCCGCUCCGAGCUCAUCAACCUGCACCACCUCAUGGUGGAGGUCAAGAAGCACAAGCCCAACUUCUGAGCUUCAUCUUCUCCUCUUCUACCACCGGGAAAGCUUCCGUUGACAAUGAAGAACACUGUCUUUUUAUUUUCCAGGUGUUUCCAACUUGUCCACGAGACCACUUCAAAGUAAAAGUUGUAAUUCCAAGAAGAAGUUCUUCUUCUACUUUGUGCCGACUGCUGGAUCCUGCGCCGGUACACGUUUUAGCAUGAGGACGCCUGCUGGCCAGCACACUUGUGUCUUUUCAGCUGUGAGCUCCAGGAGAAGGCGCUGUCGCAGACGCUGCAGUGAAACGGCUUCUCACCCGUGUGGGUCACCAUGUGUGUGCUGAGGCCGCCCUUUCUAGAGAAGCUCUUCCCACAGAGUGAGCAGUCGUAGGGUUUCUCCUGCGUGUGCGUCCUCACGUGCUGCUCCAGCGUGUGGCGCAGCGUGAAGCGGCGCUGGCACACCAGGCAGGCAAAGGGCUUGAUGCCCGAGUGCUUCUUCAUGUGCUGCAGCAGCGCCGGAUGGCGCGUGAAGCUGGCGUCGCAGCUCGAGCAGCUGAAAGGUUUUUCUCCCGUGUGCGUGCGCAAGUGUGCGUCCACAGCCGAGCGGUGCCGGAAGGUUCUGGUACAAAGUGAGCAGCUGAAAGGUUUCUCCUGGCUGUGCACCUCCAUGUGGCGCCUAAGGUGGUACUGGUCGUAGAAGGCCUUGGCGCACACGGAGCACACGAAGGAUUUGGCGCGCUCGUGCGUGGCCAUGUGUCGUAACAGGCUGUCGUUCUGAGUAAAGGAGGAGCCGCACACGGAGCAGCUGAAAGGUUUCAGGCCGCUGUGAGUGCUCACGUGUCGGCUCAUGUUCUCCUUCCGGGAGAACCUCUUCCCGCAGAGCGAGCAGCUGAACGGCUUCUCUCCUGUGUGGAUCUUCUUGUGCAAGUUCAGGUUGGACUUGGAAUAAAAGGUCUUUCCACACUGCGAGCAGGUGGUGGAAGUGUCGCGUGCUGUCUGAACUAGUAAACCUGCUCGUGCUCCACCACGGCAGUCUCCAUCAGCCUCGCCCGGACCAUCUUCAUCUACACCGUCCACCGGGACCUUGGUGAUGUCCUCCUGUUUGAUGCGGGGAGUCUCCAGCCGGGGCUCUGCACCUACAAUCACCUUGAAGACGUCUGACGGCAACACUGAAAAACAACAAGCAAUGACGUCAUUCAACACUUCAAAUAAUCAACUCUUACAUCGCCAAUAUUCUUAUAUAGUCGAUAUUGUAAAGUUUCAGGUAAGCACGUCACAGCAAAAAUCCCUCCAAUAACCAUCCUAACAUGUAUCAUACUUGAAAUAUGUAAUAAGCAUUUACCUGCUAGUAACCUUUGAGCCUCUAGUGAGGAGCAUAAGCAAUUUAAAAGGUCAGCAGGUGGACAAACACUCAUUCACGCGUCAACCUUGCUGUCACUAGCUUAGCAGCUAGCUUGGGCUAAUGCUAGCGAACGAUCAUUCCUUGACUGAGAUCACAAACCUUCCGUUUUCAUCUCUGGCUCAUUCCGCUGGUCCAUCUAUAUAGGAUUUAAACAAGUUCCCGGCGAGCGGUGAUCCUUUCGCGUGUUCUGUUUCAGUUUAUAGUAAACUAACCUUCGCGUUUUACUGCGCUUCAUUGGGAGACAAAAGAUGCUGCACGACGCAUGUCGCCCCCAGAGGACUGGAGUGUGUAAACAGGCUUUCACUGUUAAGAUGAUAGUGUGUGACCUUGGAUCAUUACAAAGUGAUGUAUACAAAAGUACAGUAGUAUUACCAUAAAUACACAAUACAGUACACAAUACAAGAUGAACGUGCAGCAGCAGAGUGAUAAAUGAUUAAUGAUAGUGAUUAAUGAUGUGUUAGCUUAGCAUUGUCCACCCCAAUGACACUUGGUGUUCCCUCUUUUCAGGCGGAAGCGUUUCAAAAUAAAAGCGCAGUAUGUGGAUGAUAAAACAAAGCUGCUGAGGGUCCUUUUGGAAGGCUUUUAUUGACAAGGACAAGCACAAGAACCAAAAGACAUUUCACAGCAGAAGGUUCUAUCAGCUUAUUGGUCGGGCGGCGCACUUCCGGUACACUUGUGACUCAGCAGGUUGACCUUCUGAGUGAAGCCUUUGUCACAAACGCUGCAGCUGAAGGGUUUCUCCCCCGUGUGCGUCCUCAUGUGGAUCCUGACGUUGCCCUUCACCGAGAAGCUCUUGUCACAGAUGGAGCACGAGUACGGCUUGUGUCCCGUGUGGACCCUCAUGUGGGAUGUCAUGUUCACCCUCUGCCGGAAGCUUUUCCCGCAGAAGGGACAGGAGAAAGGUUUCUCUCCUGUGUGUCUCCUCAUGUGGGUCUUCAAGUAGUCCUUGCGAGCGAAGGUCUCGCCGCACACGGAGCAGCUAAAGGGCUUCUCCUGCGUGUGCGUCCUGGUGUGUUGGACCAGCGCCUGGCUGUGGAUGAAGCUGCUCCCGCACACCGAGCACGAGAACGGCUUCUCGCCUGUGUGAGUCCGCAUGUGUUUGAGCAGGUCUCCUUUCUGGCGGGAGCUCUUCCCGCACACCGAGCACACGUACGGUUUCUCCCCCGAGUGCGUCUUCUUGUGUCUCUUCAGGCGCAAGGCGUUCAGGAAGCUUUUGCCGCAGUCGGAGCAGGUGGUGGAUGCGCCGCCGCCAACCGCUUGGGAACUUUUCAGCGGCGCAUCGUCACUGGACCGGGUCCACUCCUCAUCGCUGCUGUCGCUCUCACGGUGGGGGGGGGAAUUAGCUUGCUCCUCAUCGUCUUGGCCCACCUCACUCUUCACGCGGGCCGUGGCGACGUUGUCCUCUUCCUGUUUGACCUGGGGGGGCUCCGGCUCAUCCUGCUCCUCUUUCCCCACCACCACCUGCUGCACGUCCUCGGGAGUCUCUGGAAGACAGGAAGUGCAAGCACCGAAUUCAACACCACGAAGAAAUCCUAAUACUGGCGACCUCUAAUGGUCAAAGUCGCCAAUGUUUUUCAUUGGCAAACUUCCCCAAGGCCACAGCCACAAAUGAAGGGACGCAACUUUGCCAUUUUGAUCUUUUGUAAGAUAUGCUAACAGGCUAUUUACCAGGGUGUUUCAUCUCAGCUUUGGUGGGAAAGGUGGGAAAAAAAGCCCAUUAUUAACAUCAACUUUGCUCUUUGAUCUUUUUUUCCCCCCAUUUUUGCUGUUUUUUCCCACAUAUUUCACCUUUCUUCUUAAAUAAUCUUCAUAAAUUUUCUCUUGUUAAUAUUUUGACUGUAUUCCCAUAAUAUUAUAACCUUUUACCCCAACCUAUUUUUCCAAAUAUGACAACCUUGUGUUUGAAUAUUAUUGCGAUUUUUUAAGUAAAAUAUUUAAACUCUA